CACUUCCGACUCCGUGCCACUUCCUGUGCCGUGAGACAGAUCGAGCGGAGAAGAUCCUCUUCCACCCGGGACCGUGAGCCUUCUUUCCCGGGAUGUCUCUCCGCUGCGGCGGAGUCUCCCGCGUCCUGGGGUCCCGGGUACUUGGAAACUAUUUGUGUAGCCAGUACAAAACAUUCAGUUCUUUACCAGACAAAAAGAAAGAGUUUCUGCAGAAUGGACCAGACCUUCAAGAUUUUUUAUCUGGUGACCUUUCAGACAAGAGCACCUGGGCUGAAUAUAAAGGAAAUUUGAAACGACAGAAAGGAGAGAGGUUACGUUUGCCACCAUGGCUAAAAACAGAGAUUCCUUUUGGAAAAAACUACAAUAAGCUGAAAAACACUUUGCGGAAUUUAAAUCUCCAUACAGUAUGUGAAGAAGCACGGUGCCCCAAUAUCGGGGAGUGCUGGGGAGGAGGAGAGUAUGCUACUGCUACCGCCACUAUCAUGUUGAUGGGAGACACUUGUACAAGAGGUUGCAGAUUUUGUUCUGUUAAGACUGCAAGAAAACCACCUCCAUUGGAUUCUAAUGAGCCCUACAAUACAGCAAAAGCAAUUGCAGAGUGGGGUCUCGAUUAUGUUGUGCUAACAUCAGUGGACCGAGAUGAUCUACCAGAUGGGGGAGCUGAACACUUUGCAAAGACAGUUUCAUAUUUAAAAGAAAGAAAUUCAAAUAUAUUAGUGGAAUGCCUGACCCCUGAUUUCAGAGGAGACCUUAAAGCUGUUGAGAAAAUUGCACGCUCAGGAUUAGAUGUGUAUGCCCAUAAUGUGGAAACAGUUCCAGAAUUACAGAGGCAAGUACGUGAUCCCCGGGCCAAUUUUGACCAAUCUGUACAAGUAUUAAAACAUGCCAAGAAGGUUCAGCCGAAUGUUAUUUCCAAAACAUCCAUAAUGUUGGGCUUAGGAGAGACUGAUGAGCAAGUAUAUUCAACAAUGAAAGCACUACGUGAGGCUGAUGUGGACUGUUUGACUUUAGGACAAUAUAUGCAACCAACAAAGCGUAACCUCAAGGUAGAAGAAUAUGUUACUCCUGAAAAGUUCAAGUACUGGGAAAAAAUAGGAAAUGAACUUGGAUUUCAUUAUACUGCCAGUGGACCACUAGUACGCUCUUCGUAUAAAGCAGGUGAAUUUUUCCUGAAAAAUCUAGUGGAAAAAAGAAAGACAAGAACUCUCUGAAGUUAUAAAUUAAGACAUCUUCAAGUCCCUGAUAUUAAUGAUCUCAUGUUAUUAAGCAUAUUUAACAUUAGAAAUGAUUACAUCUGAUGGAAAUAUGCCUCAACUUUAUUAACAUUCUUCAAAUAGUGAUUUUUUUUUUUUUAGUGAAUCAUUUGGAGAUUCGUUUUUCCUCAUCUUCCCCUUGAACUUCAGCUUACUGAAAGGAAAGCAUAAACCAUCUUGGUAACAAUUUGAUGUUAACAGCAUAAUUAAAAAUACAUUAGGAACUUCCAAAAGACCUUUCAUCUGACUUGCAUAUGCAUCAUCACAUCUUAAUUGUGAAAACAGGCUCUAAAGUGAUAUUCAUCAUGGAUUAUGAAUAUGAUCAGUUGACUUAACCUUGUUGAGUCGUCCAUCAACAAUUGAAAUGAUUUGGAAAGGGUUUGUUUCUUCAAGAGUUGAAUGGUAUUUUAUAUUAAUAUGAGAAUUAUAUGUGAAAGAGAUGAUAUUACAUUGUUAUUUAAAUUGUGGAGAGAGUUUUAAAAGGACUGAUGAAAUAAGUAAAUCAGGAAAUACUUAGAUUGUAACAAUAUCAUGUACGUACAUAUGUCCAGCAAUUUAAUUUAAAUAUAUUCAAUAGUGUUCAAGUAAAUUAUUUAAUCAAUUGGAAAA